CCUGGUACCUCCGCAUCCGGCUCGGCAGGUGCCUGCGGGCGAAGCUUAGGGCAGGUAGAGAUUUCUGUGGGAGAGAGUCCAGGUCCUUUGUUUUACAGAUGAGGAAGCCGAGGCCCCCGGCGGUUAAGCGACUCGCCCUAGGUCACAGAGGCGGUGAUCGUAGUAGCCUCUCAGGAGCUUUUUGCUUGCUGCUGGGGCUGGAGCCUCCCCCGUGGUGACCAGUGCGCGAGGAGGGAGGACAAAGCCUGAGCAUCGUUCCCGCCCCGCCCUCGGAAGACACUGCAGAUUGGAGGGGGAUGGCCCCGGCGUUCUUGCCGGCCCAGCCCGGGCAGGAAUCUGUGACAUUCACUGAUGUGGCUGUGAAUUUCACCUUGGAGGAGUGGACACACUUGGACCACUUUCAGAAAGAGCUGUACAAGGAUGUAAUGUUGGAGAACUAUAGAAACCUGCUAUGCCUGGGACUUGCAGUUUCCAAACCAGAUGUGAUCUCCCAGUUGGAACAAGGGGAUGCACCAUGGAUGUCAGAGGGAGAAGUCCCAAGAAACAUCUGUCCAGAUUGGGAGACUAAACCUGAAACCAAGGAAUCAGCUGUAAAACUGGUUAUUUCCACAGAAAAAGCAUUCCAUGGAAGACUUAGAAGGGAUGAUCCAAGUGUUUCCAAAUUGGGAGAAGUCUUGGAAUGCAAUGCCAUGUUAGAGAGACAACAGAACAAUGAAGAGAAACAUUCUAGGAAAUAUAUUGGAGAGAAACCUAAUGAAUGUGAGAGAGCCGUCAGUCACAGUUCACCCAUCAUUUCCCAUCCUACAAUUCAUACUGCAGAGAAACCCUGUAAUUAUAAUGAAUACAGAGAAAUCUUAGGUCAAAAUACACAACCCACUUGCCAUCGAAGGAUUUCUACUGGAAGGAAACCCCAUAAAUGUAAUGACUGUGGCAAAACCUUCUCUCUGAGUACACAGUUAACUAGACAUCAGAUAAGUCAUAAUGGAGCAAAACCUUAUAAAUGUACUGAAUGUGGAAGGGCCUUCCGCCAGAGCACACAACUUACUCAACACCAGACAAUCCAUACUGGAGAGAAACCGUAUGAAUGUAUCAAAUGUGGUAAGGCCUUCCGUCGGAGUGCACACCUUGCUGAACAUCAGACAAUUCAUACUGGAGAGAAACCCCAUGAAUGUAAUGAAUGUGGGAAAGUCUUCAGUCAUAGAUCAUCCCUUACUUACCAUCACAGAAUUCAUACUGGAGAAAAGCCUUAUGAAUGUAAUCAAUGUGGGAAGGCCUUCCGUCAGAGAACACAACUUACUCGACAUCAGACAAUUCAUACUGGAGAGAAACCUUAUGAAUGUAAUGAAUGUGGGAAAUGCUUCCGCUUAAGCACACAACUCAGUAGACAUCAGGCAAUCCAUAUGGGAGAGAAACCUUUUGAAUGCAAUGAAUGUGGGAAGGCUUUUCAUCAGAGCACACAGCUUAGUCGGCAUCAGAUAAUUCAUACUGGAGAGAAACCUUAUGAAUGUAGUGAAUGCGGAAAGGCCUUCCGCCGGAUCACACACCUUACUGAACAUCAAAUAAUUCAUACUGGAGAGAAACCCUAUGAAUGUAAUGAAUGUGGCAAGGCCUUCCGCUGGAACACGCAGCGUACUCGACAUCAGACGAUUCAUAAUGGAGAAAAACCUUAUGAAUGUAACAAGUGUGGGAAGGCCUUUCGUCAAAGAACACAGCUUACUCGCCAUCAGACAAUUCAUACAGGAGAAAAGCCUUACGAAUGUAAUGAAUGUGGUAAAUCCUUCCGCCUAAGCACACAGCUUACUCAACAUCAUAUAAGUCAUACUGGAGAAAAGCCUUAUGAAUGUAAUGAAUGUGGGAAGGCCUUCCGGUGGAGUACUCAACGCACUCGGCAUCAGACAAUGCAUAAUGGACAGAAGCCUUAUGGAUGUGGAAAAGGCUUCUGUGAGAAAACACACCUUACUCAACAUCAAACAAUUCACAUUGCAGAGACAUCUAAGCAUAAUGAAUGUGAACAAGCUUUUUUCCAGAGAGCACAGCUUACUCAACAUCAGACAGUUCUUAAUAAAGAAAUCACAUUUAGGUAAUAUAUGGGGGUUGGUUUUCCAUCAGAGAAUAUAGCUUACUCUGCAUCAAGUGGUUCAUCCUGGAAAGAAACUUCUGUGACUAUGAUAAAUGUGGGAAAAUGCACUUUUACUUAAAAAUCAGAGAAUACAUACUAAUGACAAACUCCAUGAACAUAAGAUGGGAAGGCAGACUGAUGCUGUACAUAACAUUGCUGAAUAUCAGAAUUUAUAUUGGAGUGAACAUAAAUUAAUGAAUCAGAGAGAACUUCACAGUUCAUCUUUCCCGAUAUAGAAUUCAUACUGGAAUGAGAGCACAUAAAUGUAAUGAAUUUAGGAAGAUGUUUAAAUGGAACAUAUUCAUUAAGCAUUAGAUAGUUUAUAUUGGAGAGAAGCCUUAAGGUAAAUCCUUAUGAAUAUAAUUAAUUUAAGGAUUUCAAACUGAGCACUUACCUUACUUAAAAUUGGAAAGUUUAUACUAAAGAAAAGCUCUAAAGUUAAAGUUAAGCCAAUCCCCAUAGUAUCUGUUCCAUCCAUCUUACUCUUUUAUACUCCCUGGCCACCUUCAGCUCCCAGCCUCCUGGUUUAUAGAAAGCAUAACAAUCUCACAGGAGUUUCUUUAGCUUCUUUCCUCAAAAACUCACAAAAUCAUUUCCCACUCUUUUCUCUUUCUUUCCAGAAGUGAUAUCUAAUUCCUUUUUCUGCACUUUCAGUCUUUCCUAUUUUGAGGCCUUACUUCAGCUGUUGUCCUCUUGUGCACCUUCAGUUUUUCCCUUUCUGCUGGUUCCUUCCCCACUAUAUACAAACAUCCAGUCUCCCUGGCAAAAAAACAAAAGCAAACCAAUAAAAACAAAACCUAUUGACACUACUUCAUUCUUAUACUAUGCCAUUUUUCUCUUUAUUAAAUUUAUCAGAAUUUAUAUAAAAGUGACUAGGUGGUGCCAUGAGUGGGUAGAACACUGGACCAUUAAUAAAGAAGACCUGAAUUCAAAUUCAACUAUAUGAUUCUAGGUGAGUCACUUAA